AGAGUUACUGUCCGGGAAGUCACACGCAAAACAAUUCCACUAACUCAUCUGCAAUCGCUCAUUGGGUCACUUAAUCCGACGGCGGAGAAUCAUCCCAUUUCUACAUUUUUUUUUUCGCACUCGCCCAUCAACGCGAAGAUCGCUUCGCCUUCUCCCAUAUUUUGGAUGUCUCCGCCAUCCUUUUGAUUCAUGGAUUUGGAUAAGAAAGCCGAGGCAGUUGAUAGCUCUGUUGAAGGAAAAACUGUUUCAGUAGAAGGAAUUGUAGAACCAUACGUGGGUAUGGAAUUUGAAUCAGAAGAUGCUGCCAGGAAAUUCUACAUUGAGUAUGCCAGAAGGGUAGGUUUUGUUGUGCGUAUUAUGCAACGACGUCGUUCUGGGAUUGAUGGGAGAACACUUGCUCGUCGACUUGGAUGUAAUAAACAAGGUUUCUCACCUACUCAUAGGAGCACAACUGGACCAGAUAAGAAGGCACGAUCUAGUGCACGAGAAGGUUGCAAAGCGACAAUCCUGGUGAAAAUGGAAAAGUCUGAGAAAUGGAUUGUUACAAGAUUCGAAAAAGAUCAUAAUCAUCCUUUGGUCGUUACUGCUAACGGGUUCAGUACAGCGGGUGACAAAGAUAAGAAAAUUGAAGAACUAACUGAAGAGUUGGAGCAUCAGGAGCAAUUAUGUGCAGUUUACAGAGAAAGGUUGCUUAGUUUUAUGAAUAAUGUCGAGGAGCAAACUGAAGAAUUGUCGUCCAAAAUUAAAAUUAUCGUUGACAAUGUGAGGAAAGUUGAAUCUGAAGUGCAAAAGCUUUCCCACCGUAGAUAGCCCUGGUAUUUAACAUGAGCGUUUACGUGUGGUCAUGUGUACAUUUGGUCAUGCACAGUAUGUACUAAAAUCAAUUUCUUUUACUCGAGUCGUUUAGCAUUCAGUGCUCUGUAACACUACUACUCAUUAGAUGCAAUAGAAAUUUCACACGUUUGGCUCUCUCUAA